AACUGAAUAUUGAUUGUUCGAUCAUAUCAUACGUUCAUUUGUCAUGGCUAAAGAUGAAAUGAAUUCAUUAUCGGAUUCAGAGAAAUCUUCGAAGAAAAAAUAUAAAGUAUUCAAGAUUCGAUAUUUUCUACUAUUUUUAUUCGUAAUUCUAUCGAUGACCAACGCUUUUCAUUGGGUCAUCUAUGCUAUUGUUGAAGCCAUCACAAGAGAAUAUUAUCAUACGACAUCAUUCUGGGUCAAUAGUACAUCGACAAUAUAUAUGAUCAAUUAUAUUAUCGGUAUAAUUCCGGCCACUUAUUUUUUAGAUCGUUAUGGUUUACGUAUUUCGCUUAUCGUUGGAGCAUCAGGCAAUGCUUUAGGCUCAAUCAUCAAAUGUUUUUCCAUUGAUCGUUCCCUAUUCUGGAUAGCCAUGCUUGGUCAAACAAUAAUUGCUUCAUCACAAUUGUUCAUACUGAAUAUUCCACCAAUGUUAUCGGCAACUUGGUUUUCGGCUGAUGAAGUAACCAUUGCAACGGCUUAUGGUGUUUUUGGAAAUCAAAUUGGUGUAGCAUUAGGAUUUUUAAUUCCACCGUUGUUGAUGCCGGAACUUGCUCCAUUAAAUACUACUACAAAUUCUUCAUUGUCGACAUUUGCGCUAGAUGGUGAAAUUUUGGCUGAUGAUAGUAAACAAAUUGAACAAGCAUUCAUGUGGCUGUCAUAUCCAGUGGCUUUGAUCACCUUAAUAAUUCUGAUAUUGAUUUACUUAUUCUUCAAAGAUAAACCUGAUGUUCCACCAAGUAAAGCUCAAGCAUUGCUAAAAGGAUCGAAGAAAGAAUCUUAUUCUGAAACACUAAGUGGACUAUUUUAUAAUAGAAAUUUUUUCUUACUUUUUCUCAGUUAUGGAUUGAAUGUUGGUGUUUGUUAUGCAGUCAGUACUGUAUUGGGUGCAAUAGUUGUACAAACAAUGGGUUUGGAAUACCAGAAUGAUGCUGGUUUUAUGGGCUCACUGAUUAUCGUAUCAGGUAUGUUUGGAUCGAUUAUUUGUGGUUACAUUUUGGCAUAUACCGGAAAAUUUAAAUUGGUCACCAUCAUCACCUAUGUGGCAGCCAUGUUUGGAUUCAUAGCUUUUGCUGUGGCUUUGAAAAUCAAAUCAAUUAUGAUGAUGUAUCUGAUAAGCGUCAUUUUGGGUUUUUUCAUGGCCGGUUAUUUGCCGAUUGGAUUCGAAUUUGCAGCCGAAGUAACGUAUCCAGAACCGGAAGGUACUUCCGCUGGUUUAUUGAAUGCAUCGGCACAAAUAUUCGGUAUAAUAUUGACCUAUUUUUUUGGAUCAAUGAUUGAUAUCAUUGGACCAUUUUGGACAAAUAUUGGCUUUUCCAUCAUAUUGGCAAUCGGUGUUUUAUUAACAAUGCUUGUUACAAAUGAUCUUCGAAGGCAAAAUGCACAACGUGUGUUGAAAAUAAAAUCUUUGACAGAUCAAUCAUCAUCAUCUCGAAAAUAGAUAUCCAAACCGAAUGUAUCAACCUAAUAAUCAAAUCUAUUGAAUUCAACUCAAUGUUACUUCUAUGAUAAGGUUAAUAAUUUAUUAAAAAUAAAAAAAAC